AUGGAUAAUACCAUGAAAGUUGAGAUUUUAUCGAGAGAGUUAGUAAAACCAUCAACACCAACUCCUGCUCAUCGUAGAGACUACAAGCUUUGUCUUUUGGAUCAAUUCUUACCUGAAAAUCACGGUGGAAUCACCUUCUUCUACUCCUCCACUUCUCAUUUUCUUCAAUCCGAUGAAAACGACGACAAAUACUACUGUCGUAUUCUGAAGAAAUCGUUAUCCGACACCCUAACGGAUUUCUACCCCAUAGCAGGGCGAUUCAAGGACACGUCCACCAUCGAUUGCAACGACAAUGGAGCUUGUGUCGUUGAAGCCACAAUCAACUCCAACCUCUCCGAUUUUCUCACUAGCGUCAAUCGGAGAAAAGAUAUUCACACACUUUUGGGCAAAUUGGUUCCGACUUUGGAUUCGGAAACCAUGGAAUUAGCUUCCAAAUGCAUGCUGAUCGCUCAAAUCACCGUAUUCAAGUGCGGUGGAGUUUCAAUCAGCUUCUGCCUCGAGCAUCGAUUCUGCGACUUCUCUUCGGUCAUGGUUUUCCUCAAGAGCUGGAGUGCCAGAGCCAGAGGCGGUGGCGGUGGCGGUGGCUCCGCCGAAAUCGCGCUCCCGGAUUUCGUCGGUUCUACGUUUCUUCCGCCCCAAGACAUGCCUCCCUUACCAACAUACCGAAAUCCGAUCGAGAAUCGCAACACCACGAGGCUCGUUUUCGAUUCUUCAAAUAUUUCGGCUCUCAAAUCAAGAUAUUUCACAGAAAGCUCCGAUCAGUACAAGAAGCUCUCUCGAGUCGAAGUGGUUCUGGCUCUAAUUCUGAGAUCAGCGAUCUCCGCCGCUCGAUCAUCGAACCCUAUACCAGCAGAUACAAAAUCGGUACUUUUCCAAGCGGUGAACUUGCGUAAUAGAACGGAGCCGCCAUUGCCGGAGAAUUCAAUCGGGAACCUCUUCUGGUUGCUUCCGGUGACGAUAAAGGAGAACGACAUCGAGUUUCAUGAGCUGAUCAACAAGAUGAAGGGAGAAACGACAUCGUUUCAUGACGAAACGGUGCGGAGAAUCAAGAGCGACGAAGAAGGGACUGCACUGGUUUUUGAAUCGAUGAAAGAGAGAGGAGAGGUUAUGAAGAGUGUUGGUGACGUGGACGUAUAUUGCUGUUCGAGUUGGUGUCGUUUUCCGGUUUAUGAAAUGGAUUUCGGGUGGGGCAACCCGGUUUGGGUGAGCAGUGGAGUUGUGUCGUCGAGGAACUUGAUUGUGAUUGAGGACACCAAGUGUGGGGGUGGAAUCCAAGCUUGGGUCACUUUGGAUCCAAAAGUCAUCGCCAUUUUCGAACGAGACCAGGAAUUGUUGUCGUUUGCUUCAUUGAAUCCUAAUAUUCUAAUUUAG